AUGGAGAACCUUCUUUCCGCAAAUCAUAAACAACCGAAGAGAGAACUCGACGCACCAGAGUCACCACUCUCUUCCACCACCAUGGCCUCCGUGGAGCAGCAGCCUCUGAAGAAGCGAAAGCUUCACGACUCUCCACCAUCGGAAUCACCGCACUCUCCACCGCCACAACCGCCAGGAACCACCGCGCCCAUUCUUCAAACCCUACCUCCUCCACCUUUGUCUCAGGAGGAAAUUAUCGCCAAGCGCAGAAACAAGGACGCAAUUCGAAACCUCUUUGAAGGUUACAAGCGAAUUAAACGAUGUCUCGUCCAGAAACAAGUUCGCUCCACACCUGAACUUGAUCAGAACUUUUUCGCUCUCAUCGCUUCUUCCAGAGGUUGUACGAGUGUACAAAGAAUUGUGGCCGAUUUAAUUCCUCGAUAUGCUUGUCACUGUCCAACGGCUUUGGAAGCGGCGGCCAAAGUGGUUAUCAAUAUGCAUAACUGGAGUUUGGCAUUGAUCAGUAAGGAAGAGGAUUCCAGUGGUAUUGCAUUUGAAACUGCUAAAGCCUGUAUUUUCGGAUUGGCUGAUAUUUGCCACGCUGCUUCUUCAGUAGCACCAACUUCAGCUGUAGUUAGAGGAAUUCGCUCAACAACUUUUCAAAAUGUGCUCACCUUUUUUGUUGCCUUAUUUGAGGAAAAGGAUUUCUUAAGGAUGGUUGACAAGAAUUUCCUCAAAAUGCAAGAUAAUCCUGAGGCCUUUUCUGAAUUGGAACGAAAUAUUUUAAAUCAAGAUGAUUCUUCGUUGACUAAAUUGUCCAAGUUCCGUACAUUAUGUAUACUUUGGAUAUUUUUCUCUUGUCCAAAAGAAUUGCUUGCGGCUUGUUUGGAACUCUUUGAAGCCACCACAAAAGAGGGAACUUCUAACGAAGGAAAGCGUUUUCUGAGCAUGGUAACUAGCAUGCUUAAUGGUGGACCUAAAACUUGUAGCGAUUAUAUUGGGGAAGGCGUCAAAGAGAUUGAGGUUGGCGAGAAAGUUAUCACCGAUGACAACCAUAUAUACGAUGCUCGAAAGAGCUGCUUGCUUAUGCUGGUUCUUAACAAGGACCGCUCACUGCGGAAUUGGACUGUGCGUCGAUGUAAAAAGUUACUUGACUCGCUCACUAAUGCUUCCUUGGAAACUACAUCAGUAUUGCAAGGAAUUCUUGGAAUGUUCACUCAGCAGACCGAGUUAGGAGACUGUCAAAUAGAUAGUGAUGAAGAUAAAUCUGAUUCUUCAAUUUUCAUGAAUAGAAAGUAUGGGAUUCCUAAGAUCUUUGAGGAACAUGAAAGUAUUGGCGAAACAUCACAAAAAGCAGGUUCUCAUUUUGAUAAUGGAGGGAUAUCAACGUCUGUGGGUGUUGAGAAAGGUGACAUGCCCCAUGUUAGGUGUCCCACGCCUAGGGACUAUGUAAACCAUCAGAUAUUCUCACCUACAGUUAGAACAGCGGUAGAUUUCAGGAGUAAUUCAUUCGAUGGUAGAAAUGAUUUCCCAAUUGUUGAGAAAAAUCAAGUUUUAAAUGCAAAUUUCAAUUCACCUCGGUCAAGGUCCUCUAGUGGUGCUGUCAGCAAUGUUCUGGCUUCUCCAAAUCAUCAUUUUAUGUCACCAACUUCAUUAGCCAGAAGUCAAAUUGUUUGGUGCUGUGACGGGGAUCCUGCUGCUGUAGAUGUUGUCGCUGCUUCUAAGCAGCUAUGGGUAGGUUGUGUAGCACCUGACAUGCCUGAAAGCCAUAUUAGGUUUCAAUUAGAGAGGUUUGGUCCUAUUGAAAAGUUUAUAUUCUUCCCUUUGAAAGGAUUUGCUUUAGUUGAGUACAGAAGGAUAAUUGAUGCAAUAAAGGCUCGACACUUUGCACCUCAAAAUUUUCCUUGCCGUGUAAAAUUCAUGGAUAUAGGACUUGGUACUAAGGGUGCAAUGAAUAGUGUGGCAGUUGGCUCUAGUUCUCAUAUUUAUGUUGGAAAUAUUUCCAGUCAAUGGGCUAAGGAUGAGAUUCUUCAUGAAUCAAGGAAAGUAGUUUAUAAGGGUCCUCUCACAUUUAUUGAUCUUAGCUGUGAGUGUGCAUUACUUAUGGAGUUUGAAACCCCUGAAGAAGCUGCCUCUGUUAUGUUGCAUCUGAGACAGCUCCGAAGAGAAAGAAGUAGUUAUCACCCACAUUUGGGUCCUGGAACAGUUAAUGUUGUAAGUGGGCAUGCUUAUAUGGAUGGUGCAAGACCUUUGCCCACCCCUGCCCAUCUGGACUUCAAGGUCAGCAACUCUGCUGGAUCACCUCACGCUCGAACUGUACAUGGGAGCCCUGCUGAAAGUAGUCAAGCAAGAAUGUCUCACUUGUGUAACAUAUUAGCUUCAUUGCGUGCAAAGUAUAAUAUUAAUCAAAACACAGGUCUCAAUGAUAAUUAUAUGACUGGAAAUAAUUUUGCUGCUUCCACGCGUGAGGAAGAUGCAGUGCCAUCCAGCACUCUGUGGAUAACUAUUCCACAUAAUAGCUCCCAGUUCCUCACAGAUGAUGAGCUAAUGAGUAUUUGCAACCUUGCUAUUGGAAACUCUGGUUUCAUUGCACGGUUGACACAAGCGAAAAUUCACAUGGGAUGUGGUUGGUUUGUUGAAUGUAGUAAUGUUGAUAGUGCAGUUUCCGUCGUAAAGAAUCUGCGGGGUUGUCCAGGAUUGUUCUUCCAAAUAGAAUUCAGCAAACCGGGAAAUCAGAAUGCUGUACCAUUUUCAAUUAAACCUGAAAACCAUGCUAUGGAGCUUGUUUCCCCCAGAAUAAAUGCUGAGAAUCAUAGUAGUGGUGUAUCUGGUGCACCUCUCUCUCAGUCAAACUGGCACUACCCUGAUUCUAGGGAGAUAUCAGAAGUUGGAGUAAGGAAGCCUGAUGGUUAUGAUCAUUUAUCAGUGGAUCCUCAUCGAGGAAAUGCUCCACAUUUACACUCUGGAACACGUGGACCUUCCAUUCCACCACCACCACAACAAAUUCAGUCAUCUCCUUUCACCCGCCCUGUUUAUGCUCCUCCAAAUGGGCCAUGGGAUCCUCAUGGAAUAAAUAAUCAGUUACCUGUCAACCAAUUUCAGACAGGUGUAAUGCCAAAUAAUUUUAAUGGCAGUCCUUUCAUAUCUGCUUCAGUAACUCCACUUGCUCAGAUACAAGGAACUCCAAUGCAAUCCUAUAACCAGCAGAUUCCUCCGUUAAUUGUACCACCGUCUCUAUCAUCUUUGCCACCUCAUCAACCUGAAAUGCCACCUCCUCACCCACAUCCUCCUUCUCCUUCUCUUCCACCUCUACCCCAGACACAACCACCCCCGGUUCCUCCACCACCCGGUUCUCCUCCUCCACCUCCUCCACCCUUGCCUGUCCAAGAACCAGUCGAUAUGGAAUGUUCGGAACAGCCACUGCAGUAUCAGUGGCAGGGAAAUCUCUGUAAAAGUGGAGUCAGCUACUGUACAAUUAAUGCAUGCAGAGCAGAUUCAAAUAUGUGCAGAUAUUCUAAUGCCAUACCCGAGCCUGCCGAAUGGCCUACCAAAUUAGACAUGACUAAACGCACAGAUUUGAGGCAUGUGCAAUCAACAUUUGCUGCUACGCCAUCUCAUAGAAGGGAAGUAUGCCGUUUAAUCCCAUCUUCAACAAGUAACGACAGAAGGUUUCAGGAUUUCGUAUCAUACUUAAAACAGAGGGAUUGUGCUGGAGUUAUUAAAAUCCCAGCUUCAAAAUCCAUAUGGGCAAGGCUGCUAUUUAUACUUCCUCAUUCACUUGAAACAUGCUCGUUGUUGUCCAUUGCACCCGAUCCAUCUGAGUGCCUAAUUGCUUUGGUUUUACCCAAAGAAACAAACUUUGAGUGGGAAUGA